AUGUCAAAUAGAAAAAGAACAUGUGAUGCCUGUGGGCAUAUAAUUGCAAAGCCUGUAGGAUAUACUGCAAAUAAUUUACGCCUUCAUGUGAAUGGAAUAAAGGACUUUGAACAGCUCAUUGAAUUUAAGAAAUACUUUUCACACUUUGUUGAAUCUUGGUAUAAUAAGAUUCUUUCAUUUAAUGUCAUAGAAAUUUUUGAAAAAAUGAUUGAAGACCAUAAUCGAUCAAAUGAUAUUGAAUAUAUCAAAUUAUGUUUAUUAGA